GCGAAGAAGAAGAAGAAAGAAAGAAUUGCAUAAAAGAAGAGUGUAUAACAUAUUCAGGUAUGGAACUUAUCUAGAAGUAUACUGAAACAGCAGGUUGUUAAAUCGCUAUAACAUCACGUGACUCCAGACAGGUGACCCUCUGCACGGCGAACCCAUAACUAACUAAACCCUCUGGCUGGUUUACUGAAAGAUCACCGUAGGGACAUGCUCGGCCCGGUGUUAUAAGGUUCUGAUGACAGAGAGUUUGUGUUCCAGUGGGUGGUGUGAGUCAAAAAGAAGACAUUGGUCUGUGUGAGUGAAUUUCCUAUACACUGCCCUUGCAGUUGAUUCCUGAACUUAACAUCAACUAGUUGCACCUUCACUCCUCUCUGUGGCUAACUUUACCCUGCUUUCAUUCUACAGACCAACAGAACCAAACCAAUCCUCUUCAUAGCUGUCAGUUUCAGUUUAUUAUGAGCCAGUCCAGUAUGUCUGCAUUGUUAAGACCCCUGAGGAUCCUCCUCUUUGCAGGACAUUAUAAUCUGACACGAUGCUGCUCAAGCUUCGUGUCCAGAAUGAGGCAUAUCAACAACCUGAAGGCGAAUGAUGCAGCCUGUUAUUCCGCGUUGCAGAAUGGGCAGAUUCUCCUGUUUCAUCGUCUGGUUCCACUGCUGCAGUGCAGUGAUCCAGGAAGCUUUAAACCUGUCGCUCUUGGCUACUCAGAGGUCCAGUCAGUCCUGGAGAGCGCUGGUUCAGAUGGAUCCUUGCUAAAAGAGUCCAUUCUAAUUGGCUGUUCUGAGAAGAACCAGGCUCAGUUCUGUCUGGAUGUGGGAGAACUGGAUCAAGCAGCUAUAGCAGAGAAAUGUAAAGGAACAUUCGUGGAACUCAGAAAAGCUUUCUUUCUUCUAGCCGGCGCUGAUGCACCUGUAGUUGCCAAGGCCCAGGCUUUGCUCCGAUGGCACCAGAUUAACAAGUUCUGUGGAGCUACAGGGCAACCGACCCAACGGAACCAGGCUGGUAGCCAGAGAAGCUGCAGCAGCAGUUCUAUCAUCUACUACCCAAAGAUGUCUCCAGUGGUCAUCGUCCUGGUAUCUGAUGGGAAACGCUGCUUGUUGGGUCGUCAGUCAUCAUUUCCUCCAGGGUUGUACAGCGCCCUUGCUGGCUUCUGUGACAUGGGGGAGACUCUGGAAGAGGCGUUGUACAGGGAGGUGGCAGAAGAAGUUGGUCUGGAAGUGCAGAACAUUGCCUACAGCUCCUCCCAGCACUGGCCAUUCCCACAUAGCUCCUUCAUGCUGGCCUGCCAUGCCACUGUUAGCCCCGCCCACUCUCAGCUGAAUGUGGACCAUUCGGAGCUGGAGGACGCUCGGUGGUUCACUGAGGAGGCAAUCACCUGCGCUCUACAGGUAAAGGCUCCACCCAGGAGAAAUGACCCGCCCACCGUCUGGCUGCCUCCAAAACAUGCCGUUGCUCACCGCCUUAUAACAGAGUGGAGGGAAGGCCAGCAACGCAGCCGGGACAAAGAGUGAUGUCUGAAUGCCCUGAACCCAAAAGAAAAACUGAAAACAUGUUCCUGACAUUUAUUCUUGGCUGAUGAUCAUACCUUUAUCUUCAGAGUUUUUCUUAAUGGAAUGAUGUUAAAAUAUUGAUAUUUUCAUAUUUUAUAUUACUGGACUUCUGAAGUUGCUGAUGCUAGCCUACAAGGUGCUUAAGGGUAUCGCCCCGUCUACUUGAACCCUCUUGCAAAGAAGUAUUUGACCCCCUGGACAAACAGCAUGUUAAUAUUUUGUAGAAAAGCCAUUAUUGGCCAGCACAGAUGUCAAACGGUUUUUAUAGUUGCUGACAAGGUUUGUGCACAUGUUGGCAGGGAUAUUGGCCCACUCCUCCCUGCAGACAGCCUCCAAAUCAUUCAGGUUCCCAGGUUGUCGCCUGGCAACUCAAAUUUUAAGCUCCCUCCAAAGAUUUUCAAUUGGAUUCAGGUCUGGAGACUGGCUAGGCCACUCCAGAACCUUGAUGUGCUUCUUCUUCAGCCACUCUUUUGUUGCUUUGGCGGUGUGCUUAGAGUCGUUGUCGUGCUGAAACACCCAUCCUCGACCGAUCUUCAGCUCUCUCACUGAGGGAAGGAGAUGUUGGUCCAGAAUUCCACGAUACAUGGCCCCAUCCAUCCUCCCAUCAAUGUUGUCCCGUCCCCUUGGCUGAAAAGCACCCCCAAAGCAUGAUGUUGCC